GGCAGCAGGAGGAGGAGGAGGAGGGCCGGGGCUGGGGCUGGCCGCCGCGGACCUGGCCGUAGAUGACUGCAGAAGCGCAGCAGGCUCUGUCCUCUCAGCCCCCUCCUCCUCCGGUGCAGAGCAGCUACGGCCCCAUGUCCUCGGUGGCUGAGAAGCAGCCGCAGAGCUCGGCCAUGGACGCCGCCUCCGCGGGGACCGGCGGCGCGGCCGGCAGCGCCCCGGGCAGCGGCGGGGCCCCGGGCGGCGGCGGCCCCAAGGCGAAGAAGACGAACGCGGGGAUCCGGCGGCCGGAGAAGCCGCCUUAUUCCUACAUCGCCCUCAUCGUCAUGGCUAUCCAGAGCUCUCCCUCCAAACGCCUGACCCUCAGCGAGAUCUACCAGUUCUUGCAGAGCCGCUUCCCUUUCUUCCGAGGCUCCUACCAGGGCUGGAAAAACUCGGUGCGCCACAACCUCUCGCUCAACGAGUGCUUCAUCAAGCUGCCCAAGGGCUUGGGACGCCCGGGCAAGGGCCACUACUGGACCAUCGACCCGGCCAGCGAGUUCAUGUUCGAGGAGGGCUCGUUCCGCCGCCGGCCCCGCGGGUUCCGGAGGAAAUGCCAGGCGCUGAAGCCCAUGUACAGCAUGAUGAACGGGCUCAGCUUCAACCACCUCCCCGACAGCUACGGCUUCCAGGGCUCGGCCGGCGGGCUCUCCUGCCCCCCCAACAGCCUCUCCCUCGAAGGGGGCUUGGGGAUGAUGAACGGGCAUUUGUCCAGCAACGUGGAGGGGAUGGGCCUGGCGGGACACUCCGUGCCCCACCUGCCCGCCAACGGUGGGCACAGCUACAUGGGCGGCUGCACCGGCUCCACGGCCGGGGAAUACCCGCACCACGACAGCUCCGUGCCCGCGUCCCCGCUGCUCCCCGCCGGCGGCGUGAUGGAGCCGCACUCGGUUUACUCCAGCUCGGCCUCGGCGUGGGCGCCCAGCGCCUCGGCGGCCCUCAACACCGGCGCGUCCUACAUCAAGCAGCAGCCCCUGUCGCCCUGCAACCCCACGGCCAACCCGCUCUCCUCCAGCCUCUCCACGCAUUCCCUGGACCAGCCCUACCUGCACCAGAACAGCCACAACACCGCCGACCUCCAAGGCAUCCCGCGGUAUCACUCGCAGUCUCCGAGCAUGUGCGACCGAAAGGAAUUCGUCUUCUCUUUCAACGCCAUGGCCUCCUCCUCCAUGCAUUCGGCGGGCAGCGGCUCCUAUUACCACCAACAAGUGACAUACCAGGACAUCAAGCCGUGCGUUAUGUGAGCCGAGCCGGGCCCGACAAACGCCGCUCCUGGGGCCGGAGCCGGGCCAUGAGCAUCCCCCAGGACGCUCCGGGUGCCAGGGGAUGUUCCAUGUGCCAUGUGCCAUGUCCCAACCUGGCUUUGAGCAGCAGGAACAGACCGGACCGGGCAAUGAGCAUCCCCCAAGGACGCUCUGGGUGCCGAGGGAUGUCCCAUAUCCUAUGUCCCCAUGUCCCAGCAAGGCUUUGGGCAGCAGGAAUGGACCAGACCGGGCCCUGAGCAUCCCCCAGGACGCUCUGGGUGCCAGGGGAUGUCCCAUGUCCUAUGUGCCCAUGUCCCAGCCUGGCUUUGGGCAGCAGGAACGGACCGGAGCUCCGGCAGCGAGCUGAGCAUCGAGCCCGUCUGUGCCUCCUUCUUCUGCUCGGGGAGGGAUGGAGGAGAAAGCAAAAGCAGCCCCACCGUCCAUCCCGAAAGCCCCGGCUGCGAGUUUGGGGUGAGGCUUUGCUAAAUGAAGGUUUUGAUGCUUCUUAAAAAAAAAAAAAAAGAAAUUGCAAACUCAGUUUGGGAGUUGGCGGCGAGCGAUGGGGGCUGGAAAAGACCCCAAACUCAAAUCCCCUCGGUGCCGUCUCACUUCGAGCCCGGAAAAAAAUGCUUUUAAAAAAUUUUUCCUUCCUUUUUUUAAUUUUUUUUUUUUUUUUUGCCGGCCAACACCCAGCGGGCAAAAAAAUCUCUCAGAGGGAUUUUUCGGAACUAUGAAUUUUGGGGUUUUUUGCCUGCAUAAAGACUGCAGGAUCAGACCCUAUGCAGAGAGAACAAGGCACUUUGGAAAGAGACAGCCAUGCUCAUCCUGUUAUUUAUUCUACAAUUCUUUUUUUUUGUUGUUUUUGUUGUUGUUGCUAAUAAUCGAGACACAAAUAGUCUCAGUUGAUCAGUAUUAAAUCGGGGAAUCUCUGUUGGCAAUAUUUGCCAUAUGGAUUUGGGUUUUUUUAGUUAACCUUUGUAAAUUUGCAAGCGACCGUGGUCUCUGUGUAAAGACAAUCCUCCAUAUGUUUUUAUAGAAAUAUAUAUAUAAUGAAGGAUUAUUCCCCUCCCUCCCCUCUCUAUUUUUUUUUUUCCACCCUGACGUUGUACAGUUCGGUGACACCUAUUUUAAUUCUUUCUGCACUGUAUAAAAUUGUAAUUAUGUGGGUUUGUUUUUUUGAUUUUUUCGCCUUUUUUUUUUUUUGUGUAUGUUUUGUCCCUAAAGAAAAAAAAAAUCCCAAAAUAAAACCUGUAUGUUAUUUGUACAUGGGCUUCGCGAUUGUAUGAGCAGCAAAUAAACGAGCAUGCGGUGUAAUUAAGCUUAA